AUGGAUAGACCAAGAGCAGCACCAGACUCCUCCACCCCGGCUGACGAGCAGGCCGACAUUCUAGACAUCUUUGGCUACCAUGAAGUCGUCCCCGAAUGGACUGACGACCCCAGAGCUUUUGAAGGAUGGUUUCUCCCCGGUACUGGGGAAUGGUACAUGGCACGCAGCUAUGGGAUUACCGACCCUACGCUGGUCCUUAUAGGGACUAAUAAUAGUGGAGAGAUGGGCUAUAUCAUUACAGCUAAUGGACGGUACUAUUCCGGACAUCUUUUAGUCGACUAUAUCUUCGAGAUAACGGUACCGAAGACAUGGCCGGAUAUCCUGGACGUUAUGAGGGCGAAGGGUAUAAUGGGGUUGAAGUUGAAGGAGCUUAAGCCUGUUGAGCUGCCUGAUGAUGAUGAUGAUGAUGAUGAUCUACCAGCCGCGAGGGUCUGA